AUGUUCUCAAAACAAUCUCGUUUAAUCCGUUCGUCAAGCCUCGGUGGCUCUGUCGACUCGCUCAAGAACCCCGUUUGGUCUACUGAAAGAAAGCAUCAUUCCAAUGCCUCGAAACUCAUUCAAACUCCGGUGAUAAAAAAGAGUGAUGCAGCGGUAGUCAAGAAAGCGGCAGUGGCGGUUGCGCGGCCAGUUAAGGCGGCGAAGAUGCCUCGGGAAAGUAUUUUUACAUUGUCCUCGCCACCACGAGAGAGGGUAGAAAAUAGAAUGGAAGAACGGAUCAAAUAUUUUCUUGACAAAUGUGGCUUGUGCAAGAAGAAUAUUCCUGAGAAUGAAGAUAGAUACAUGUAUGGCCCAUCCACCAAUCUUACGCCUAAAUUCCUAAUCGGUCCUAAUUUCCCAAUUGUUAAACCCCUAAAUAAGACAAAAUCGACCUAUCUACUCCGGAAAUCGGCAUUCCGGCAGAAGGUUUGCUCCAAAGUUGCAGUCUUGCAAUCCGUCGGCACAACUUGUUCACCUCCAUCCUCUGUCACGAUGAAUAGGGCAAUGCCAGAACAGGUGGAGAUUUCUUCAGAGGAUUCUUCCCCUGAUGCAGAUGAUGACAUUGAAGAGUGCAAGCAGCCAAAUGCAGAUUAUGCAAUGGACCAACCUGCCCAGAAAUUAACAUCGGAAGAUUGGCUGCUCAGAAGAGCAGAAGUGUACCAAGAAUACAUGAACCUGAUCCCUGUACCAACUCUGCGUGGCUCCCUUAUUCCCUUUACCUCGUGGAUAGGACUAGGCCGAUCCAUUAAGCAAUUAUAUGGACAACCUCUACACUACCUCACCAAUAUUAGCUUAAAACAAUGGGAUCAGUCCAGGAUUGGAGGCAAGGACGAACAAAUUCCAUUGGAUACCAUAAUCCAUCCUUGUAAAGCCGAAGCCAGCAUCUGGCUCAUGGAAGAGGACUGGAUUUGUAUGUCCGCCUGUAAAUACAUGCUGUUGGAGGUGGUGCCGGUUUUAUGA